AUGAGUAGCGUUAGAGCUAGCGCCGCUGGAAAUCGUCCAAUGAAGAUGUCAAAAAAUGAGAAAGAGAACAAAGAAAUGAAAAAGAAGAAUAAAAAACAAAAAACGGAAACAAAUGAUUCAUCAUAUUCAUCGAUUAUCAGCAAUGACUCGGAUGUCAUCUGGAUUCCAGAAGAUUCUGACAUCCAAACUCCUGAAAACCCGAAACUUCUAACCAAAACCGAACGUGCUGCUAUUCUAAAAACCAGAGAUCUGAUGGUGAAUUUUGGGGCAACCGAUGGAGAGAAUGAGGAUAACUUGGAAGGAGCACUUAAUAAAUUGGAGGAGUUUUUGGGAACGAGUAAAUUGGAAUAUGAGGCGAUCGACACGCUUACCAAUGACCUACUCAAAGAUAUCGACAACUUGGCUGUGGAGCUUUCUGAACUCGAUGGUAUUUUAGUUUCGGAGGAAUAA